AUGAGCAGAGGUGUGGUGUGGGCAGAUGUGCUUCAGGAAAAAUGGUUUGCGCAGCUGCAUGCCAAUUCUGUCUGUGUCUUCCUUGACGGUUCGCCCUCUGCCUGCACUUGGUUCGAGUGUGUUAGCAUGCUGGUGAUCCUCCUCAACUGUGUCACUCUGGGCAUGUAUCAGCCAUGUGAGGACAUGGACUGUCUGUCUGACCGCUGCAAGAUCCUGCAGGUAUUUGAUGACUUCAUCUUCAUCUUCUUUGCCAUGGAGAUGGUGCUGAAGAUGGUGGCCCUGGGGAUUUUCGGCAGGAAGUGUUAUCUGGGGGACACCUGGAAUCGGCUGGAUUUCUUCAUUGUGAUGGCUGGGAUGGUUGAAUAUUCCCUGGACCUUCAGAACAUCAACCUGUCAGCUAUCCGCACAGUCCGAGUCCUGAGGCCCCUCAAAGCCAUCAACCGAGUGCCCAGUAUGCGCAUCCUUGUGAACUUGCUGCUGGACACCCUGCCCAUGUUGGGCAACGUGCUACUCUUGUGUUUCUUUGUCUUCUUCAUCUUUGGCAUCAUCGGUGUGCAGCUGUGGGCUGGCCUCCUUCGCAACCGCUGCUUCCUGGAGGAGAACUUCACCAUACAAGGAGAUGUUAACCUGCCUCCCUACUACCAGCCAGAAGAGGAUGAUGAGAUGCCCUUCAUCUGUUCACUGUCAGGGGACAAUGGCAUCAUGGGCUGCCAUGAGAUCCCACCCCUCAAGGAGCAAGGCCACGAGUGCUGCCUGAGCAAAGACGACUUUGCCUACUACAGUGCGGCUCACCAGGACUUCAACGUCAGUGGGAUGUGUGUCAAUUGGAAUCGGUACUAUAACGUGUGCCGCACAGGCAAUGCCAACCCCCACAAGGGCGCCAUCAACUUUGACAACAUUGGCUAUGCUUGGAUUGUCAUAUUCCAGGUGAUCACCCUGGAAGGCUGGGUUGAAAUUAUGUACUACGUCAUGGAUGCCCAUUCCUUCUACAACUUCAUCUACUUCAUUCUGCUCAUUAUAAGUGUGCCCACAGGCUACCCCCUUUUCACUCUGUGUCCCUGGGAAUUGGCUGAUCCCUUGUUGACAAGCCUUCCUGGAGGCCUGGGGACUCUACAGGCUGGAAAAUGUCAAGGGUUGUGCCAGAAACACAUUCCCCUGGAUUACCCACCCCAUACUCUUGUGCAGCCUAUCUCUGUGACACAGACCUCUGACCCUGGCAAUUGUCCCCACUGUCGGCAAGAGGGAGAACAACGCCUGUCCCUGGCAGAGAGCGAUGAUGACUUUGGGCAAGAGGAAGGCUCUGCCAAUGAUGAUGAAGGGGAAGGUGGAGGGAGCAGUGAAGGAACCCUGGACCUGGAGAAGGAGGAAGAAGAGGGAGACAAAGGCAGUGGGGCAGCCAGACUGUGUGGAGAUAUAUGGCGAGAGGUGAGGGCCAAGCUGAGGGGCAUUGUGGACAGCAAGUAUUUUAAUCGAGGAAUCAUGAUUGCCAUCCUAGUGAAUACGGUCAGCAUGGGCAUCGAACACCAUGAACAGCCCGAGGAGCUGACCAACAUCCUUGAGAUCAGUAACGUGGUCUUCACCAGCAUGUUUGCCCUGGAGAUGAUCCUGAAGCUGGCAGCCUUUGGCCUCUUUGACUACCUUCGGAAUCCGUACAACAUCUUUGACAGUAUCAUCGUCAUCAUCAGUAUCUGGGAGAUCAUUGGCCAGUCAGAUGGUGGCCUCUCAGUGUUGAGGACUUUCCGCCUGCUCCGGGUAUUGAAGUUGGUCCGUUUCAUGCCAGCCCUGCGCCGACAGCUGGUGGUUUUGAUGAAGACCAUGGACAACGUAGCCACCUUCUGCAUGCUGCUUAUGCUUUUCAUCUUCAUCUUCAGCAUUCUAGGGAUGCACAUCUUUGGCUGCAAAUUCAGCCUUAGGACUGACACAGGAGACACUGUUCCUGACCGGAAGAACUUUGACUCACUCCUCUGGGCCAUUGUCACAGUGUUCCAGAUUCUGACCCAGGAGGACUGGAAUAUGGUGCUCUACAAUGGCAUGGCCUCUACUUCACCCUGGGCCUCCCUCUACUUCGUGGCCCUCAUGACCUUCGGCAACUAUGUUCUCUUCAAUCUGCUGGUGGCCAUCUUGGUGGAGGGCUUCCAGGCAGAGGGGGAUGCCAACCGUUCCUAUUCAGAUGAGGACCAGAGCUCGUCCAACAUAGAAGAGUUUGACAAAUUCCGGGAGGGUCACGAAGGCCAUUUUGAUGUCAAGCUUUGCCCCAUCCCCAUGACCCCUAAUGGACACCUGGACCCAAGCCUUCCUCUGCCUGGCACCCUGGCCACCACAGGGGGCGUACCCCCCGGCCCUUGCCACUCUCUGCAGCCUGACCAGGUGCUUAUAGCCCUGGACUCCAGAAAGAGCAGCGUGAUGUCUCUGGGGAGGAUGAGUUAUGACCAGCGGUCUCUGUCUAGCUCUCGCAGCUCCUACUAUGGGGCCUGGGGCCAUAGUGGAGCCUGGGCUAGCAGAAGAUCCAGUUGGAACAGCCUGGCCCGGGGCCAUAGCCUGAAGCACAGGGCACCCUCUGCAGAACAUGAGUCACUCCUCUCUGGGGAGAGGGGACGGACAACAGAGGGGGAGCGGGAUGAUGGAGCCCCUCGGGGCCCACCCUAUCAUCCACCUUCCCACCCCCAUCACCAUCACCACCACCUCCACCAUCCCCAUCGCUACCGCCAUCGUCGGACACUCUCCCUCGAUACCAAGGAUUCACUGGACCUGGCAGAGUUGCCAACGCCAGUCCCUCAUGCUCAUCUGAGGUCCACUCGGAAGGUGGGCACAGGCCCGGGCACCAGUGAGCACCAGGACUGCAAUGGCAAGAUGCCCAACAUUGCCAAAGAUGUCUUCACCAAGAUGGACAACCGGAAGGAUCAUGAGGAGGAUGAAGAAGAGAUUGAUUAUAGCCUGUGUUUCCGAAUUCGGAAGAUGAUCGAUGUUUACAAGCCGGACUGGUGUGAGAUCAGGGAAGACUGGUCUGUCUACCUCUUCUCUCCUGAGAACAGGUUCCGGGUCCUUUGCCAGACCAUCAUUGCCCACAAGCUCUUUGACUAUGUCGUCCUGGCCUUUAUCUUCCUCAACUGCAUCACCAUUGCCUUGGAGAGGCCCCAGAUAGAGGCUGGCAGCACUGAGCGAAUAUUCCUCACUGUGUCCAACUACAUCUUCACCGCCAUCUUUGUUGGGGAGAUGACCCUAAAGGUGGUCUCCCUGGGCCUAUAUUUUGGGGAGCAGGCCUACCUCCGAAGCAGCUGGAACAUCUUGGAUGGCUUCCUGGUCUUUGUGUCUCUCAUUGACAUCGUGGUCUCUGUGGCCUCCGCUGGAGGAGCCAAGAUCCUUGGGGUUCUCCGGGUCCUUCGCCUCCUCCGGACGCUUCGCCCACUGCGGGUCAUCAGCCGUGCCCCAGGGCUGAAGCUUGUGGUGGAGACUCUGAUCUCGUCCCUCAAGCCCAUUGGAAACAUUGUCCUCAUCUGCUGUGCCUUCUUCAUCAUCUUUGGCAUCCUAGGGGUGCAGCUCUUCAAGGGGAAGUUUUACCACUGUCUGGGGGUCGACAUCCGGAAUAUCACCAACCGCUCCGACUGCAUGGCUGCCAACUACCGCUGGGUACACCACAAGUACAACUUCGACAACCUGGGCCAGGCCUUGAUGUCCCUCUUUGUCUUGGCCUCCAAAGAUGGCUGGGUCAACAUCAUGUACAACGGGCUGGAUGCAGUGGCUGUGGACCAGCAGCCGGUAACCAACCACAAUCCCUGGAUGUUGUUGUACUUCAUCUCCUUCCUGCUCAUUGUCAGCUUCUUCGUCCUUAAUAUGUUCGUGGGUGUGGUGGUGGAGAACUUCCACAAGUGCCGGCAGCACCAGGAGGCAGAGGAGGCCCGUCGGCGGGAGGAGAAGCGACUCCGGCGGCUGGAGAAGAAGCGAAGGAAAGCCCAGCGACUCCCAUAUUAUGCUACCUACUGCCCGACUCGGCUCCUUAUUCACUCUGUCUGUACAAGUCACUACCUGGAUAUCUUCAUCACCUUCAUCAUCUGCCUCAAUGUCGUGACCAUGUCCCUGGAACACUACAACCAGCCCAUGUCCUUGGAGAUUGCUCUCAAAUACUGCAACUACAUGUUCACCACAGUCUUUGUGCUGGAGGCCAUGCUGAAGCUGGUAGCAUUUGGGCUGAGGCGAUUCUUCAAAGACAGGUGGAACCAACUGGAUCUGGCCAUUGUGCUCCUGUCAGUCAUGGGCAUCACCCUGGAGGAGAUAGAGAUCAAUGCUGCUCUGCCCAUCAAUCCCACCAUCAUCCGCAUCAUGAGGGUGCUACGUAUUGCCCGAGUGCUGAAGCUGCUGAAGAUGGCCACAGGGAUGCGGGCCCUGCUGGACACGGUGGUUCAGGCCCUCCCCCAGGUGGGUAACUUGGGUCUCCUCUUCAUGCUUCUUUUCUUCAUCUAUGCCGCUCUGGGCGUGGAGCUUUUUGGGAAGCUGGACGAGGGGAGGGCUGGCUGGGGCCCCUGGGGCCAGGGCUCCAAGCGCAGCAGUCGUGAACAGCGCCCUCCUCUGCCCUGUGCCCAGGACACGCUGCGGGACUGCACCCAUGACGAGCGGAGCUGCCUCAGCAACCUCCAGUUCAUCUCGCCGCUGUAUUUCGUCAGCUUCGUGCUCACGGCCCAGUUCGUGCUCAUCAAUGUGGUGGUGGCUGUGCUGAUGAAGCACCUGGAUGACAGCAACAAGGAGGCCCAGGAGGAUGCCGAGAUGGACGCCGAGAUCGAGCUGGAGAUGGCUCACGGCCUGUGUCCCCGCGGCUCAGGCUCCCCGGGCUCCAGCAAAGGCGGAGGCUGUGCGGGCGGAGGCGGAAUCGGAGGCCCGCCUCCAGCCGAACCGGAAGCUCGCCGCUGCGUGCGCUGUUACUCCCCAGCACAGGAGAACUUGUGGCUGGACAGUGUCUCUUUAAUUAUUAAGGACUCCUUCGAAGGAGAGUUAAUGAUCAUCGAUAACCUGUCAGGCUCCGUCUUCCACCAUUACUCCUCGCCGGCCGUGUGCGAGAAGUGUAACCAUGACCAGCAAGAGGUCCAGCUGGCCGAAGUGGAGGCCUUCUCCCUGAACUCGGACAAGUCCUCUUCAAUCCUGCUGGGAGAUGAUGUGAGUCUAGAGGAUCCCACCACAGGCCCUGGGGGCUCCAAGGAAAUCAAGGGAGAAUCGGAGACCCCUGACCCCAUCAAAAUCGGGGACUUGGGAGAAUGCUUCUUUCCUUUGUCCAACACAGCCGUCUCGGCAACUCCAGAGAGCUACCUGUGUGAAAUGGAGAAGGAUCCCUUCAAUCCUGUCCAGUCCUGGCUGAAGCAUGAGAGCAGUCAAGUUCCCUCUAGUCCUUUCUCGUCAGAAGCUGCUAGCCCUCUCUUACCUGUGCCAGCAGAGUUCUUUCAUCCAGCCGUGGCCACCAGCCAGAAGGUAGAGGAGAAGGCCACUUGCAAGGGGUCCCUCCCCAAGAUCUCUCUGCAGGGUUCCUGGGCAUCCUUACGAUCUCCAAGUGUCAACUGCACGCUCCUCCGACAGACCACUGAGAGUGACACGUCCCUGGAUGACAGCCGGAGCAGCGGCUCGGUGGGCAGCCUCCAGACCACCCUGGAUGACAGUUUGAAUCUCAGUGACUCUCCCCAGUGUACCCUGGACCUCCCCUCAGCUUUGUGCCCUGGGCUACCGGCUGCCCUCUCCCCAGCCUCUCGGCGCCGGAGUCUUCGUGGCCGGGGCCUCUUCAGUCUGCGAACCCUUCGAGGCCACCAGCGGAGCCACAGCAGUGGGGGCAGCACGAGCCCUGGAUGUACCCACCAUGACUCUAUGGACCCCUCGGAUGAGGAGGGGGUGGGCAGCAGCCUGCGCGGGGCAGGCACCAACAGCAGCGAGCAGUCGGAGACCCUGAGCAGCCUCUCGCUCACCUCCCUCUUCUCCCCUGCCCUCCCGCCCCCAGGCCUCCGGCUGGCCAAGAGGUGCAGUAGCACGAGUAGCCUGUCCACCGUGGCCCCCUUGUCCUCCACCAGGGGCCCGCUGCCCGCCCUGGGGACUGAGGGCACACAGCCCUACUCCGCGGCCCCCCGGGGCUUCCUGUCCACGCCCUCCUGGGGGACAGACUUCUGCAAAGACGGGGGCUCCGCCAGGGAGGACGCCCAGGGGCCAGAUGGCCAGCCUCCUGGGCUGAGCUCCACAGCACGCAAGCCACAGCAGCCUCCCCAGGUGGGGCUGGGGGAAGGGGUGACCAAGAGGAACAGAUGA